CGCAGCUGCGAGAUUUCGUUGGUUUAGUUGGCGCGCGGGGCCCCGGCGAUUGGGACGGGUUUCAAAAAGAGGGAGAAUUAUACCGAGAGUCGGCGCUACUUAGAAUAAAAGAAAAAAAAAAAAAGAAAACGAAAAAGAAGGAGAAGAAGGAGAAGAAGAGACGAAUAAGUGACGAAGAAGAGACGAAGAAGAGACGAAGAAGAAGAAUAAGAAGAGGGAUACACGACUUAUAAACGUUCGGAAUUAAUCUUAGAAAUAAGGGAAAAAAAAAUAAAAAGGGUGGGGGGGUUAAAAGUAUCGGAAAGAAAAAAUAUAGUGGCCCGAUCACGACGCAGGGACAACUACGACCAAGACGACAAGACGAGCGAUAUCAUAUUAUUUCGAACGAUCCAUUACUUUUUGUUCUUCUCCUUCUAUCAGUUCGGCAAAGUAUUUUCAAUUUUUGAUAUUACGCGCGAGUGUGAAUCGUCGUCACGAAUAUAAGAAGAGCAAGAAGUAUUCUUUUCUACUUUUGGAUACGCGGGAGUCCUGAAAGGGGUGACUGAGAGGAAAGGGUUGGAUGGUGGUACCGCAGGUCGGUAUCCUUGUGGCUCUAGGAUAAAAUAAAUCCCAGAUUGAAAAGAGAAGAAGUAAAGGGGGUGUAAGAGGAGGAGGAGGAGGAGGAGAAGUGCAAGCGGGGUUUAAUUCGAAGGCAAAUAAGGUAUAACCCUUUGCGUAACAGCGGGUAGUCAAAAGGAACACGGGCGCCCCGUAAACAUGGGGGUCGCCGAUGAUUUCGCACCCAGCUUCACCCAGAAGCCCCAGCUUCGGCAGGAGGACGACGGGAACAGGUUGAUCUUCGAGUGUCAACUGGUCAGUGCACCGAAACCUGAGAUAUCUUGGUUCCGCGGUGAAACGGAACUCAAGGAAGAUGACAGGACAAAUUUCAAAAUGCAAAGCGUCGGGACGAACAAGUUUCUCGUUGUCCUCGAACUCGAUGACGUCAUCGAGACCGACGCAGGCUUGUAUAAGGUCAAAGCCAAGAACAAGAUGGGCGAGGUCGCGGCGUCUAUCAACCUGAACUUCAGUCCUGUGGAUGAGCCUAGGGAGAAACAAAUCGAUGGCAUUGCACCAACUUUUGCGAAAAAACCGGCAAUCCGGCAAGAAGAUGAUGGUAAACGAUUACUUUUCGAAUGUCGCAUUACCGCUGAUCCCACGCCGAAAGUUAUGUGGUUUCAUAAUGGAAAUGCGGUUAAGGAUUCGUCGAGACACAAGUUGACCGUCGACAAAGAUGGUCAUUCCUAUUUCGCUACGUUGGAAAUAAAAAACGUGACCGUAGAGGAUGCUGGCAAAUACAAGGUCACAGCGAAAAACGAGCUUGGCGAGUCCAAUGCAACCAUUUCAUUAAAUUUCGAUAGCGACGAGGCACCCGUACCCGAAGACGGUAUUAAACCGACAUUCACCGAACGACCGGUAAUAAGACAAUCAGACGACGGUAACACCAUCACCUUUGAAUGCCGGUUAGCCGGUGAUCCAAAACCGAGUGUUAAGUGGUACCACGGUAGCGAUGAAGUCAGAGAAGGAGGAAGAUACAAGAUGUCGUUAGAACUCGAUCAGAAGUUAUAUCAUCUAGCACGGCUAAGGAUCGACAACGUAGCAAAAGAGGAUGCCGGCGAGUACAGGGCCGUUGCUAAGAACAAACACGGCCAGGGUGUGGCAACUAUUAAUUUGAACUUCGAGGGUGGCGACAAACUCAAAAUACCGGACGGUAAGCCACCACGAUUCCCGAAGAAACCAACUAUUCGCCAGGAAGGAGACAUUUUGAUAAUGGAAUGCAUCCUAGAGGCAUAUCCGGUACCGGAUAUAACUUGGUAUCAAGGACAAAAAGCUAUAACCGACAGUAGACGCGUCAAGAUGUCUCGCAAGGCAACCGGCAAGGACACAUAUCUUCUCACAUUAGAAAUCAUGAAUCCUACCAAGGGGGACGGCGGAAAUUAUCGUUGCAACGCGUUUAACAACUUUGGCGAAAGUAACGCAAACAUCUCUUUAAAUUUCCAAGAAGAGAGUGCGGGUUUCGCGCCGUCAUUCAUCGAGAAGCCACGUAUCAUUCCGAACGAAACUGGAACAUUAAUCACGAUGAAAUGCAAAUGCAAGGCUAAACCUAAGCCGGAAGUCACGUGGUUCCGUGGCGCCAACGUAGUCAAAGAAUCAUCGAAAAUUUCGAUUAAGACGAAAACGGUCGAAGAAGACAUUUACGAGCUCAUAUUAGAAAUUAAGGAUCCCGCGGCACCAGACGGUGGUACUUACAGGUGUCACGUGCAAAACGAAUUUGGCGAAAGUAACGCUAAUUUAAAUCUAAAUAUCGAAGCCGAGCCUGAACCAGAAGGUGAUGGUCCAAGUUUCGUUGAAAAACCACGAAUACAAUCACAGAAUCAAGGUAAACUGGUUAUUAUGGAUUGCAAAGUUAAAGCUAAUCCAAAACCAGAAAUAGUUUGGACCCAUGCUGGAAAAGUUGUAAAAGAAUCAUCCAAGAUCUCAAUCAGUAUUGUCAAAGAAAAAGAAGAUAUCUAUUACAUCAAAUUGUCUUUGAAUGAUCCUGGUCCUGAGGAUUCUGGUCUUUACAAAUGUAAUAUUAAAAAUACUCUCGGAGAACUUAAUGCCAAUUUAACAUUGAACGUUGAAAUUAUACCUGUAAUUAAAGAAAAACCAAAGGUCAUCAAAAUUGUAAAGAAAAAGACCGUAAUAGUUGAGUGCCACGUGCUUUCCAAAUUUUCACCAGAAUGCACGUGGUUCAAAGAAACGCAAGCAGUCAAGGAAGAUACUAGACAUAAAUUACACGUUGAACAAAUUAGAGAAGGAGAGUUUGCUGUUAAAUUAGAAAUCGAACAAAUGACCAAGACUGACAAAGGUACAUAUAAAUUGGUCGCACGUAAUGAAAAGGGCGAAGCUACGUCACAAGUAGUCGAAGUUACGGAAAUAGUUGAGGAAGGUGAAAAACCACAAAUUGUUACUGGUCUCAAAUCGGCGACAAUUGAGGAAGGUAAAACAAUCGAACUUGUGGCUAGCCUUGCACAACAAGAUCGUAAAGUUACAGUCACAUGGUAUAGAAACACGCAAGUGGUUAAGGCCUCCAAAGAUAUUAUGAUAUCUUUUAAUGGUUUAGACAUGAAAUUGACCAUAACUUCUGCUACAACAGAAUUAUCCGGCACGUAUAGGGUUGUCGUUAGUAACGAUUAUGGCAAAGACGAAUCAUCGUGUCAUCUUGUCGUCAGGAAGAAAGAGGAAGAAAAGAAAGAAGAAGAAGAGGAAGAGAAAAAGAAGAAAAAGGUUGAAAAGAAAGAAGAGAAAAAGGAGGAAAAGAAAGAAGAAAAGAAGGAGGAGGAGAAGAAGAAGGUAGUGAAAAAGGAAGAAAAGAAGGAAGAAAAAAUAGAAGAAGAAAAGAAGAAAAUGGAGAUUAUACAGAAAGAAGAAGAAACCUUUAAUAACGUAGAAAAGGUAGAAGAGAAGAAAAAAUCGAUAAAGAAGAAACCUGACGAAAAGAUCGAAGAUAAAAAGGAGCCCGAAAAGAAAAUAAUUAAAAAGAAAGAACCUGAACCUGGUAGCCGUAAACAAUCUAUUAGCAGGGUGGAAACUAUGAAAACGGAAAGCCGUCGUAGUUCUUUAGUUAUGACUCAAGAAAAGACCGAAGAGGAAGUCAAAACGGAAAGUAGAAGAUCUUCGAUCAUCGAAAAGAAAAAGACUACCCUCGAAAAGGUUGAAACAAAAACGACAGCUAAGACAUUAACCAAACCUGAGGAAACAAAGAAAGAUGAACUUAAACCGGCUAUUGCGAAACGCGACGCGAAGCCUAAGGAGGAACCAAAAGCAACACUAAAACCAGAAGACACCAAGAAGGAAGAACCCGUCGAUAAACGUAAAACACUCGGCAAACCCGAGGAACCAAAGAAAGAGGAACAAGAAAGGAAGCUUAGUCUCAAACAAACUACCAAAAUAGAAGAAGAGAAGAAAUCUUUGAACAAAAUUGAACUAAAGCCAAAGGAAAUCGAAGCCACCGAAGCAAAACCAAAACCAAAACCACGUAGACCACCGAAACAAGAAGUAAAAAGCGAUAAUUUUCAAAUGAUACAACUUAAACCCGUUUCAAGAGAUCCGUCAAAGCCUCAGAAGGCUACAAAUGGCUCUGUUGAGUUGAAGAAAGUCGAAAAGGCAGAGAAACAAGAAAUAAAGAAAGGAAAAAUUGCUAAAGCGACGAAGGAAAGCAGUUACGAACUUCCGGAAAUUCCUGAUUACGAGAGGCCGGUACUUGAAAAACCACAAGAAUUCGAUUUUGGCGAACGCGAGAAACGCGAGAAAACAAAAUUGGACAGACCGACGACGCAGAAAUUCGAUUCUAAGCCAAAGUUACCCGAGAUCAAGGCACCGGAAACACCGAAAAUCGAAGUUAUUAAGGACGUAACACCUGCAGGAAGUAGAAAAGGAUCUUUGGUACCAGGAAGUGGUUCAACCAGUCGACGUGGUUCUCUGAUACCACCCGAAGAAUUAGGUCGUAGACCUAGCCUGAUCAUCAGUGACGAGUUGGGAAAGUUACGACCUGGGGAGGUGUUGGACGCUAAGAAUAAGUACGGGCGCCCAGGUGAACUGCAGGAGAAAGAGAGGCGUCGUCCAAGCACGGACGUAAGGAGACCCAGCGUGGCGGACCUCGAGAAUAAAAUCAAUCAACCUAGCACACCUCUUCGAGAUGUUGGACCACCAGGACCACCUCAAAUCGUUGAUGUCCAGGAAUCAUACUCCGCCGUCGAAGAUUCGACGGCGUACCUCACCGUUGCGGUGGAGGGUACGCCUGCGCCGACCUUCAAAUUCUACAAGGGAAUUACCGAGAUCAUCGAAGGUGGUCGUUUCAAAUUCCUCACUGACACGGAAACCAAUACAAUCACCCUAUGUAUGAGAAAAACUAAACCCAACGAUGAAGGCACUUACAAGAUAGUCGUUAGCAAUAUCCACGGAGAGGAUUCUGCCGAAAUGCAGCUCUACGUAUCUGACGCCAGUGGUAUGGAUUUCCGUGCAAUGUUGAAAAAGAGAAAAUAUCAAAAGUGGGCGAGAGAGGAAGCGGAACAGGAAAAGGUAGAUUUGAAGGAAGUGGAAAAGCCUAUGCCAGCUUUGAAGAAAGUAGAAAAGAAACCGGAAACCUUCUUAAAGCCAUUGGUGGAUCAAUAUGCCAAAGAAGGAAAAGACAAAAAAGUCGUCUUCGAAGCUAACUUUUCUAAACCGAAUUGUAAACCAAAAUGGUUCUUCCGAAAAGAUGAACUUUUCCCCUCAGCGAAAUACAAAUUCAAAAACGAAGAAGAUUCUUAUCAACUUAUCAUUUUGGGACCUAAAGUUGAAGAUACUGGAAAAUAUACUAUUGAAAUCAGUGGCGUAUCCAGUACUGGUUUCCUCAAUGUCGAUGAACCCGAUCCAACGUAUACAUUCACGAAACCACUUUCAAAGAAAACAAGUGGAUACACGAAGCACGAAUGUUACAUGGAAUGUACAGUUAGCUCAAAUCUUGCCACAGUUUCGUGGUUUAAAGGAAAAACGAAACUCGAGGAUGGCGACGUUUACAGUAUUUCCAAAGACAUGUCAGGUGUUUGUAGAUUGACCAUUAAAAGUGCUACUAUAGAAGAUAGCGGAGAAUACAUUUGUAAAAUAAACAAGCAAACUGACAAAACAGAAACAGUGCUCACCGUUGUUGAAUAUCCAUAUAAAUUCGUUAAAGUCUUAAAGAGUCAACAGUUAAUAGAGAAGGAAACUUUAACUUUACUUUGCGAACUCGACGACGAAAAUGGUGAUGUUAAAUGGUUCAAAGGUGAUCAAGAAAUAAUAGCUGAUAAAAGAAUACAAAUCAAGGCAGAUGGUAGAAAGAGGAAACUCGUUAUUAAAGAUUCCAAGGUAACAGAUGCUGGAAAUUAUUCUUGCGUUAGCAAUGCCGACAAAACCGAAGCCGAGAUCAUUAUCAAUUAUGCAAAUCGAUUCAACAAAAAGUUAAAGGAUACGAUUGCGAUAGAAAGAGAAAAGUUGGUACUCGACGUUGAAUUACAAGAUCAAACUGCACCGGCUAUUUUCCAUUUCAAUGGACAAAAAAUCGAACCAAACGAAAGGGUAGAAAUUAAAAAUCUUGGUGGUGGUAAACAUCAAUUGAUAUUCAAUAGGAUCGAGAUGACGGAUGACGGUGAAAUUACAUGCGAGAGUGGACAAUUGACGAGCAGUUGUAAGUUGACUGUUAAAAAGGGUGAAAGCAAACCUAUCGUUGAUAUACCAGACAAAGUGGAAGGACCAUGCAAUGCACCUAUCGUCUUUGUUGUACCUUUCAAAAUCGAAGGUACGAAACAAAGCCAGAUAGAAGCAAAACUUUUGAAAGAUGGCAAACCAUUGCCAUUAAAAGAUGUUGAAGUGGUCGUAGGCGAGGACAAAGUCACGUAUAAAAUUAAAAAACCUCAGCGUGAUUUAUCUGGAAUUUAUCAAGUUAAAAUUGGUAAUAAUCAGGGAGAAGAAGUUAAAGAUGUUAACAUUAAUAUGCAAGACGUUCCAUCGGCCCCGCAAGACGUAGACGUUACCGAAGUCUUUGCUAAUUCGUGCGUAGUUUCCUUCAAACCAUCGAAAGACGAUGGUGGUUCUCCUAUAACAAAAUACGUUAUCGAACGGCUCGAUCUCAGUUUGAAAUCUCAAUGGGAUAGCGUAGGGGAAGUUAUGCCAGGAACAAAAUGCGUUUAUAAAGUCGAAGAUCUUGUAGCAAAGAAGGAAUACAAAUUCCGUAUACGUGCUGUGAACAAGCUUGGUUCUAGCGAACCAGCUAUGUUUGCUAAACCAAUUUUAGCGAAAGAUCCUUGGGAUGAACCUGGUAAACCUACAAACGUUGAUGUAACUGAUUGGGACAAGGAUCACGCUGACCUUAAGUGGACUAAACCAGAAAGCGAUGGUGGUGCACCAAUUACUGGUUAUAUAAUCGAAUACAAGGAAAAAUUCGGAAAGGAAUGGGUCAAGGGAAAAGAAAUCGUAGGAGAUGUAACAGAAGCAACUAUAGAUGGUCUUAAAGAAGGAACACAAUAUGAAUUUAGAAUUCGUGCAGUCAACAAAGCUGGUCCUGGAGAACCAUCGGACGCUACCAAACCUAUAAUAGCAAAAUGUCGAUUCGUAAAACCUUACAUUGUCGGAGAUGGAUUGACAAAUAUGAUUAUCAAGAAAGGACAAGUUAUCAAAUACGAUAUCAAAUAUGCCGGUGAACCUGAACCAGAAGUACAUUGGUAUCUUGGUGAAAAAGAACUUGUUCAAGAUGCUGCAGAAAGGAUUACUAUCGAUAAAUACGAAAGAAAUACCGUACUCACCGUGAGAAAAACUACUCGGCCAGAUUCUGGAAAAUACAAAUUAGUCCUCAACAACAGUUCUGGUACAUGCGAGAGUAUUGCAGAUGUUGUUGUUCUUGAUAAACCAGCAAUGCCUAAGGGACCAUUGAAAGUCGAAGAAGUACGUGCGAAUCACGUUAAAGUUAAAUGGGAAAAACCUCCGGACGAUGGUGGUACCGAUAUUACUGGAUAUGUCCUUGAGAAAAUGGAUCUGGAUACCGGACGUUGGAUACCAGCUGGAGAAGUUGGACCUCACGAAGAUACUUUUACAUUCUCUGGUCUGACUCCUAAAAAGAAAUAUAAGUUCCGUGUUAAGGCUGUUAACAAAGAAGGUGAAUCCGAACCCUUGGAAGUUGAAGAAGCAAUAACUGCAAGGAAUCCAUACGACGAACCUGGUAAACCUGGAAAACCGGAUAUUUUCGAUUACGACAAUGUCAGUGUAUCUUUAAAAUGGGAGAAACCCCCGAGCGAUGGUGGUCGACCGAUAACUCAUUAUACGGUCGAAAUGAAAGAUAAAUUCGCCGUAGAUUGGGUAGAAGUAAUGAAAACUUCUGAUGCCACUCCGGAAGCUAAAGUGGAGGGUUUGAAAGAGAAAAUGGUUUAUCAAUUUCGUGUACGGGCGCAUAACAAAGCUGGACCAUCGGAACCAAGUGAACCAACCGAUAACCACCUUUGCAAACAUAAAAAUCUAAAACCAAGGAUUGACCGUAGCAACUUCAAAUCUAUUAUCAUAAAAGCUGGACGUACUCAUAAAUGGUCGGUAGACGUGUCAGGUGAACCACCCCCAGAAUGUAGAUGGAUUUGGAGAGAUAAUAUACCCUUAACGACUACCGAACGUAUUAAAAUCGACAAUGUAGAUUAUCACACAGAUUUUACAAUCGUUAAUGCGAUGCGUAAAGAUACUGGAAAGUACACAUUAAUAGCUGAAAAUGUAAACGGCAAAGAUGAAGAAACUGUUGAGCUUACUGUUCUUGGAAAACCAAGUCCACCUAAGGGACCACUCGAAGUAUCAGACGUGACGAAUACGAGUGCCAAAGUGAAAUGGCAAAAACCAGAAGAUGACGGUGGUGUUCCAAUAAAAGAAUACGAAAUUGAAAAAAUGGAUACAAAAACUGGCAAAUGGGUCAGGGUUGGUAAAAUACCUGGUAAUUCUCCCAAUAUGGAAUUAGACAUUACCGGUCUGAAUCCAGGAAGCGAAUAUAAAUUCCGUGUAACUGCCGUUAACGAUGAGGGUGAUUCUGAACCUCUUGAAAGCGAACGCGGUGUCGUAGCUAGAAAUCCUUAUGAUGAACCUCACAAACCAGGAACUCCAGAUAUAACGGAUUACGAUAAUGAAUCUGUUAGUUUGAAAUGGACUCCACCCGAUUUCGAUGGUGGUGCACCUAUAGAAAAAUACAUAAUCGAAAAGAAAGAUCGUUAUAAACCUGAUUGGGAAAAAGCUAUCGAAGUACCUGGAAAUCAACUUGAAGCUAAAGUACCCGAUCUCAAGGAACGUGGGGAAUAUCAAUUCCGAAUAAUUGCCGUAAACAAAGCUGGACCCUCGCCACCGUCGGAUGCUUCCAAAAUGCAAAUUUGCAAACAUAAAGCAUUAAAACCGAGAAUCGAUCGAACUAAUUUGAAACCCAUCAUCGUACGUGCCGGAAAAGCAAUUAAAUACGAUGUAGACGUACGCGGUGAACCACCACCAGAAAUUACUUGGCAUCAUGCUAAUGUCGAAAUUAAAAGUGGAGGAAAUAUAGAAAUUGUUAAUGUAGAUUAUAAUACAAAAUUAAGUAUUACUGAUAGCGUUCGUAAAAAUACUGGCGUAUGGAAGAUACGUGCUGUCAAUCCCCAUGGCGAAGACGAAGCAGAAGUUGAAGUAACUGUUCUUUCUGCACCUGGCAAACCGAAAGGACCGCUCAAAGUGUCGGACGUAACGAAGAAUGGUUGUAAAAUCAAAUGGGGUAAACCUGAAGAUGAUGGUGGUAAACCUAUAACUGGUUAUCAAGUUGAAAAGUUAGAUAAAUCAACGGGCAGAUGGGUACCAGUUGGUCGUACCAAUGAUACGGAGAUGGAUAUCAAAGGUCUUCAGGAGGGUCAUGAAUACGAAUUCAGAGUGAAGGCAUUGAAUGAAGAAGGAGAAUCAGAACCAUUGCUUACAGACGGAGCCAUACUUGCCAAAAAUCCAUUUGAUUUAGCAAGUAAACCUGGUGUACCAGAGUUUGAAGAUUGGGAUGUAGAUCGUGUUGAUCUUAAAUGGGAACCACCUAAAAAUAAUGGCGGAGCUGCCAUUACUGGAUAUAUUAUCGAAAAGAAAGAAAAACCAUCGACCCACUGGGAGGAAUGCCUCACAACUGAUUCGCCACAACCAAAGGGUCGGGUUACAGGUCUCAAAAAGGGUGCAACAUAUCAAUUCCGAGUACGUGCCGUAAAUAAAGCUGGGCCUUCAGAACCUAGUGAUCCAACGAAACCACACAUCGCAAAGGCACGAUUCUUGAAACCACACAUCAAUCGAGAGAAACUGCAUACCAUCAAAGUUAGAGCAGGACAACACGUGAAAUUAGAAGUCGAUAUAGAGGGUGAACCACCGCCAACUGUUACUUGGAGUUUUGCCGGUGCAACUUUAGAAACUGGUGCAAACGUUAAAAUUGAUAAUGAAGAUUAUCUUACCAAAAUACAAUUAAUCAGUCCCAGUCGUAAACAUACUGGCAAAUAUACGAUUAAAGCAGUCAAUGAUUCGGGACAAGACGAGGCUGAUGUAGAAAUUAAUAUCCUAGACAAGCCUGGAAAACCUGAGGGACCUUUAGAGGUAACCGAUGUACAUAAAGAAGGAUGCAAAUUGAAAUGGAACAAGCCAAGGGAUGACGGCGGACUACCGCUUACAGGAUAUAUUCUUGAAAAAAUGGAUAUUACAACUGGUCGUUGGGUUCCAGCUGGCAUUGUAGAUCCAGAGAAGACUGAACAUGCUAUUACUGGUUUGGAGCCUGGUAAAAAAUAUGAAUUCCGUGUAAAAGCUAUGAAUGAAGAAGGUGAAUCCGAGCCUCUACAGACAGACACUGCCAUCCUUGCUAAAAAUCCUUAUGAUCCGCCAGCAGCGCCUGGUCUGCCAGAAAUUAUUGACUGGUCUGAAAAUAUGGUAAAACUUAAAUGGGAACCACCAAUAAGAGACGGUGGUGCACCUAUUACCGGUUACAUUAUCGAAAUGAAAGAUAAGUUUGGUACAAGUUUCGUAAAAGCUGCUGAAGUACAAGGACCAAUUUGUACCGGUACUGUAGAAAGAUUACAAGAAGGUAAUCAAUAUCAAUUCCGAGUACGAGCAGUAAAUAAAGCUGGACCUGGUGAACCAAGCGAAGAAACUAAUCCUCAUACUGCUAAGGCCCGUUGGCUUAAACCUUACAUCGAUCGUACCAAUUUGCAACCUAUAACGGUAAAAGUCGGCCUUACAAUAACCUUAGAUGUGAAUAUAAUUGGAGAACCACCACCAACGGUAACAUGGACUUUCAAAGAUAAAGAAUUAAAGUCGAAUGAUAUCAUUCGUAUCGAUAAUAUCGACUAUAAUACAAAAUUAAUCAUUCUAAAAACCAAACGCGAACAAACUGGAAAGUAUGAGAUACGAGCCAAAAAUGAAGUUGGAGAAGACGUUGCCGAAGUUGAGAUUACCGUUCUUGGCAAGCCAAGCAAACCUAAGGGUCCUCUGGAAGUAUUCGACGUUAACAAACACGGAUGCAAAUUAAAAUGGGACAAACCUGAAGACGAUGGCGGAUCGCCAAUUGAAUAUUAUGAAAUAGAAAAGCUCGAUCCUUUAACUGGACAAUGGAUAUCCUGUGGAAGAGCCAUCGAACCAGAAGCUACAAUCACGGGCUUGCAAGAAGGCAAACCUUAUAAAUUCCGUGUAAAGGCUGUAAAUAGAGAAGGCGAAUCCGAUGAAUUGGAAGCCGACAAAUCUAUUAUAGCUAAAAAUCCAUUCGAUGAACCUGGUAAACCUGGACGUCCAGAAUUACGAAAUUGGGACAAAGAUUUCGUUGAUCUCGAAUGGACUCCACCAAAAGAUGACGGUGGUGCUCCUAUCGAAAAAUAUAUUAUUCAAAUGCGUGAUAAAGAAGGAAGACAAUGGGUAGAUGCUGCCAAAGUUCUUGGUGAUCGCACCAUGGCCAAAGUUACCGAAGGUAUUCAAGAAGGUCAUGAAUAUGAAUUCAGAGUGGUAGCUGUUAAUAGGGCUGGUCCAAGUGAACCCAGUGACGUUUCAAAGAGCGUCAUUGCAAAACCCCGUUUCUUGGCACCUCGUAUCGAUCGCAAAAAUCUACAUAAAAAAGUUAUGCGAGUUGGACAAAUGUUACGCAUUGAAGCGGAUAUCAUAGGUGAACCACCUCCAAUUAUAACUUGGAAAUUAAAAGAUGCAGUAUUAAAAAGUAUGGACCGCUUGAAAAUAGAAAAUGAAGAUUAUCACACGACAUUUAUAAUGAGUAAAUUACAAAGAUCCGAUACAGGAACUUAUACUGUUAUUGCCAAGAACGAUAGUGGAACUGAUCAGGUUGACGUUGAAAUACAGGUCGUAAGUAAACCUGCCAAACCAAAAGGUCCACUUGAGGUAUCUAAUGUGACAGCAGAAAGUUGCAAACUCAAAUGGGACAAACCAGAGGAUGAUGGUGGUGAUCCGGUAGAUCAUUAUGUAAUAGAAAGAAUGGAUGUUGAUAGUGGUCGUUGGGUACCUUGCGGAACGAGUAAGGUACCUGAAGCUGACAUAAGUGGUCUUAAUGAAGGCAAAGAUUAUUUGUUCAGAGUAAAAGCCGUUAAUUCUGAAGGAGAAUCUGAACCAUUAGAAACUGCGAUACCAGUUACAGCCAAAAAUCCUUAUUCCGAACCCGAUGCACCCAGCAAGCCUGACUUAAAGGAUUGGAGUAAAAAUCACGUUGAUCUUAAAUGGAAAGCACCAAAGAACGAUGGCGGAGCACCGAUCGAAAAAUACAUUGUCGAAAAGAAAGAUCAAUAUGGUAAAUGGCAAAAGGCUGUAGAAGUUCCUGGUAAUAAAACAGAUGCCAGAGUUCCCGAUCUUGUCGAGGGACAAAAAUAUCAAUUCCGAAUAAAAGCAGUAAACAAAGGUGGUCAAAGUAAACCAAGUGAACCUAGCGAUACUUUAAUAGCUAAGGAUCGUUACGCGGCACCAAGAAUAGAUCGUACUAAUUUGAAAGAUAUCACUAUCAAAGCUGGUAAUCAUAUACGCUUGGACGUUAAGGUUACUGGUGAACCACCUCCAACUAAAACCUGGUAUCUCAAUAAAGCCAAACAAGAGACACAGAAUGCGGUAACAGUAGAACUUGAAGACUACAGGACUAAGUUCUUAGUAUCUAUAGCUUCUAGAGCGCACUGUGGUACUCUAACUUUGAAAGCCGAAAACAGUUCAGGCAAGGAUGAGGCUAGCAUUGAAAUCUUGGUAUUAGAUAAACCUAGCAAACCGGAAGGUCCUUUGAAAGUAUCUGAUGUUCAUAAAGAAGGUUGCACUCUCAAAUGGAAUCCACCAUUGGACGAUGGUGGUGUACCUUUGGAGCAUUAUGUUGUUGAAAAAAUGGACACAGAAAGUGGAAGGUGGAUACCUAUCGGUCGUACGAAAGAACCAAAUAUGGUUGUAGAAAAUUUAGUACCUGGACAAGAGUACAAAUUCCGUGUCUCCGCUGUUAAUGCAGAGGGUGAAUCGGAACCUUUGGAAACCGAUCAUGGCAUCGUUGCCAAGAAUCCAUUUGACGAACCUGGACCUCCUGGACGACCAGAGGCUGCCGAUUGGGAUAAGGAUCAUAUAGAUUUGAGAUGGACUCCACCGUUAAAUGACGGUGGAUCUCCAAUCACCGGAUAUGUGAUAGAAAAACGUGAAAAGGGAACACCCCGCUGGAUCAAAGCUUGCGAAACUAGUGGGCCAGAAUGUAAAGGUCGUGCCGAUAAUCUUGACGAAGGUGUUGAAUAUGAAUUCCGUGUAAAGGCAAUUAAUGCUGCUGGUCCUGGUGAACCAUCAGACACCAGUAAACCCAUUACCGCUAAAAGUAGACGAAUGGCACCAAAGAUUGACAGGCGAAACUUACGCGACAUCACCGUACGCGAGAACGAAGCGUUCCACUUUGAUGUUAAAAUUUUGGGUGAACCACCCCCAGACGUUACAUGGGUUUUAAAUAAUAAGAGCAUAACACAAACUACACAUCGUAGAAUACAAAAUGUACCAUACAAUUCGAAGUUCUUCAAUGAUAAACCCGAACGUAAAGAUUCUGGUUUAUAUAAAAUCACGGCUGUUAAUCAACAUGGUUCUGAUACGGCAGACGUUGAAGUCAUAGUUGUCUGUAAACCUAGCAAGCCUGAAGGACCAUUAGAAGUGUCAGAUAUUCACAAGGAAGGUUGCACGCUUAAAUGGAAAAAGCCUAAGGACGAUGGUGGAGAACCUAUCGAAGGUUAUGUAGUAGAAAAGUUCGAUCCAGAGACUGGUGUAUGGUUACCAGUUGGUAAAACGUCAGGACCUGAAAUGAAAGUCGAAGGUUUAACGCCCGGACACGAAUAUAAAUUCCGAGUAAAAGCCUUCAAUAAAGAAGGAGAAUCCGAACCAUUAGAAACAUUCAGCUCUAUCAUUGCCAAAGAUCCGUUCACUGUACCAAGCCCACCAGGAGCACCAGAACCAGUCGAUUGGUCCGCUAAUCAAGUAGAUCUUACUUGGAAAGAGCCGGUUAGUGAUGGUGGUUCUCCAAUCACUGGAUAUAUUAUUGAGAAAAAAGACAAGUAUAGUACAAUGUGGGAAAAAGCUUUGGAAAUUGAAACACCAGUUACGCAAGCUCUCGUGCAUGGUCUCAUAGAGGGCAACGAUUACCUCUUCCGUGUAAUUGCUGUAAAUAAAGCUGGUCAAUCGGAACCGGGUGAAACCAGUAAAACAUUUACGGCUAAACCUCGCUAUUUGGCACCAAAGAUCGACAGACGUAAUUUACGUGACGUUACUCUCUCGGCGGGAUCUCUGUUAAGAUUUGAUGCGAACGUGAUCGGUGAACCUCCACCACACAUCGAGUGGCGAUACGGUGCGAUCCCUCUGCACUCCGAUAAAAAAGUACAAAUCGACAAUUCAGAUUAUAGUACGAAAUUCAGCAUCCGGCCAGUUUCACGUGACGACAGCGGUGAUUAUACUGUCACUGCUAGUAAUUCGUCUGGAAGAGAUUCCGUUACUGUUCAAGUAACAGUAACUGAUAAACCUUCACCUCCGGAAGGACCAUUACAAGUUACGGACGUCCACAAGGAAGGAUGUAAGCUCAAAUGGAAGAGGCCAAAAGACGAUGGAGGUACGCCGAUCGAAUAUUACCAGGUGGAUAAAAUGGAUCCAGAAACAGGUUGUUGGAUACCAUGCGGUCGUUCCACCGAACCGAACUUGGAAGUAAGCGGUUUGACACCUGGUAAAGAAUAUUUAUUCCGAGUGUCUGCAGUUAAUUCCGAGGGAGAAUCUAAACCGUUAGAAGCAGAACAAGCAAUAUUAGCUAAAAAUCCAUACGACGAGCCAGAUAAGCCAGGAGAUCUUCGUGCUACCGAUUGGGAUAAAGAUCACGUAGAUUUGGCAUGGACACCACCGGCCAACGAUGGUGGUUCACCUAUCACCGGUUACAUAAUCGAAAAGAAAGACAAAUACGGAGAAUGGGAAAAAGCUGUGGAAGUACCAGCGGAUAAAACUUCAGCAACGGUGCCAGAUUUAAUAGAAGGACAGCCUUACGAAUUUCGAGUACGGGCAGUUAACAAAGCAGGUCCUGGGGAACCUUCGGAUCCGACACCGACUAUAAUAGCAAAACCACGCAAUCAACCACCUAAGAUCGAUCGUACCAAUUUAAUUGAAGUAAGAAUAAAGGCAGGACAAAACUUUGGUUUUGAUGUGAAAGUUACCGGUGAACCGACACCUACGACAAAAUGGAUGCUAGGAAGUAGGGAAGUAAGGCCAACCGAUAGAGUAAAAGUCAAGCAUAUCGAUUAUAACACUAGCCUGCAUGUCCGAAUGGCGACCAGAGCCGAAUCCGGCAAAUAUUGUGUAACCGCUGAAAAUAUUAACGGCAAAGAUGAAGCAUUCGUUAAAGUUACCGUAUUGGAUAAGCCUAGUCCUCCUCAAGGACCUCUUAGAGCCAGCGACGUACAUGCAGAAGGAUGCAAACUUACUUGGAAACCACCUGAAGAUGAUGGUGGUCAACCCAUUGAAAAAUACGUUGUUGAAAAGAUGGACGAAGUUACUGGACGCUGGGUUCCAGCAGGUGAAACCGAUGGACCAGAAACAUCGGUAAACGUUGAAGGAUUAACUCCUGGUCAUAAAUACAAGUUUAGAGUACGUGCUGUUAACAAGCAAGGCAAAUCGGAACCCCUUGCCACAUCCCAGAGCAUCGAAGCUAAAAAUCCAUUUGAUGAACCAGGUAAACCAGGCACGCCUACCGUUACCGAUUAUGAUACUAACUUUGUCCAAUUACAAUGGUCACGACCAGACCACGAUGGUGGAUCUCCCAUUACUGGUUAUGUAAUAGAAAAACGUGACAAAUAUAGUCCGACUUGGGAGAAAUGCGCCGAGGUUGAAGGUGAUGUAAAUACCGGAAGAGUUGAUGAUCUUGUCGAAGGAACGCAUUAUGAAUUCCGUGUCAGGGCUGUUAACAAAGCCGGUCCUGGCGAACCAUCAGAGGCUUCUAAAUCACACUUGGCACGACCCAAGAACCUUCCACCAAAGAUCGAUCGCAAUUAUAUGUUAGAUGUAAAAGUAAAAGCAGGUGGCUUUUACGACUUUGAUGUUCCGGUUAUUGGUGAACCACCACCAACAAAAGAAUGGUCCCUUAAAGACAAUGUGGUAAUGGCGGAUGACCGUAUCAAAAUUAUAAAUGAAGAUUACAAUACGAAAGUACGAGUAAUGGAAGCAAGAAGAUCAGAUUCUGGUGUUUAUACAUUAACUGCUAAAAAUAUCAAUGGUAAAGACACUGCAACGUUAAACGUAAAUGUUCUCGAUAUACCAUCCCCGCCUGAGGGACCAUUGCUAAUAAGUAAUGUGACGAAGAAUUCAUGCACAUUAAAAUGGCGAGCACCAAAGGACGAUGGUGGUUCAGAAAUCCUUUACUACCAAGUAGAAAAAAUGGAUACGGAAAAUAUGCGUUGGGUACCAGUUGCAGAAGCAACGACUACGUCAGCUCGCGUAGAUCAUCUUAUCGAAGGACACGAUUAUCAAUUCCGUGUGCGUGCUGUGAACAAACAAGGAGAAUCGUCACCGUUGACUGGAUUAGACACUAUUACAGCAAAGGAUCCAUUUGCUAGGCCCGAUAAACCAGGCACACCUGUCGCUACGGAUUGGGAUAAGGAUCACGUAGAUCUCGAAUGGGCACCACCUAAGAAAGAUGGUGGAUCUCCGAUAACUGAAUACAUAAUAGAGAAGAAACCUCGUUUUGGACAAUGGGAAAAGGCCCUCGAGAUUUCGGGUGACAAGACAAGUUGCAGAGUUCCAGAUUUAAUCGAAGGUCAAGAAUAUGAGUUCAGAGUGAUCGCUGUUAAUAAAGGUGGUCCUGGAGAUCCAUCCGAUGCAUCUGCACCUGUCAUUGCUAAACCACGUUUCCUUGCACCAAGCUUCGAUCCGGCACUUUUACACGAUUUGGUCGUACGUGCCGGACAAAAGAUCAGUUACAUUAUUCCUAUAGAAGCAUCGCCUAAACCAAAAGCAACUUGGACAUUGGAUGGUAAACCUCUUGAACCUGAUUUACGCCAUGAAAUGUUUACUACGCAAACAGAAACAUCAUUCGAAAUUCCAUUCUCCGUUCGUUCGGAUAGUGGACGAUAUGCUAUAACUUUGGAAAAUGAAUAUGGCAAAUUCAGUUCAAGUGCUAGAGUUACCGUAUUAGAUAAACCAUCGCCACCAGAACCACCAUUGGUAAUUAGUAAUAUUACCAAAGAUAGUUGUCACGUAGCGUGGGGUCAUCCUCUUGAUGACGGUGGUAGUCCCAUCCUCCAUUACGUUAUUGAAAAGAUGGAUCUUUCCCGUGGAACUUGGUCGGACGCUGGAAUGAGCAUGGUUCUUAGCCAUGAUGUAGCUCGAUUAACUCAUCGUAAAGAAUAUCUUUUCCGAGUAAAAGCUGUUAACAACAUUGGAGAAUCCGAACCAUUGGAGACUACAAAGAGUAUCAUUGCUAAGAAUGAAUUCGAUGAACCAGAUGCUCCUGGUAGGCCAUCAAUAAUGGAUUGGGAUAAAGAUCAUGUUGAUCUUCAAUGGCCGGCACCAGGCAACGAUGGUGGUUCUCCUAUUACGGGAUAUAUCGUACAAAAGAAAGAAAAAGGCAGUCCUUACUGGGUCAAUGCUGUUCAUGUACCGGCUGGACAAACAAGUACAACUGUUCCAGAUUUAACAGAAGGUCAAGAAUAUGAAUUCCGUGUUAUAGCGGUUAAUGCAGCAGGACAAUCAGAACCAUCUGAACCAAGUGAUCUUGUGACUGCUAAGCCACGAUUCUUGGCACCAAAGAUAAAGACACCUCUGCAAGAUAUCCGUGUUAAGGCUGGCUUAAUUUUCCAUGUGGAUAUCGACUUUGUCGGUGAACCAACGCCUGAAGUAACCUGGACCGUAGGAAGUAAAGAAUUAGAAACCAAUGAAAGAACUACCGUUACUUCUAUCGGUUAUCAUACGAUCGUACAUACAGUUAAUGCAAAAAGAUCCGAUUCCGGAUCAUAUCAUCUGUUAUUAAAGAAUAGUAGUGGAAUUGACGAAGGUAGCUUCCAAGUAACUGUUUUGGAUAGACCAGGUCCACCAGAAGGUCCUUUGAAUUACGAAGAAAUCACAAGUCAAUCAGUUACUUUAUCCUGGAAACCGCCAAAGGAUAACGGUGGCAGUGAGAUCACUGGUUAUGUAAUCGAAAAACGUGAUCUUACUCACGGUGGUGGUUGGGUACCAGCUGUAACACACGUCAAUCCAAAAUACAAUCACGCAACUGUUCCAAGAUUAUUGGAAGGUACCACUUAUGAGUUUCGUGUAUCUGCGGAAAAUCUUCAAGGCCGCUCUGAACCUUUGACCACGGAUCGUUCGAUAGUAGCGAAGAAUCAAUUCGUUGCUCCUGGUCAACCUGGCAAACCCGAAUGCGUCGAUGCUGACAAAGACCAUAUUAAAAUCAGAUGGACUGCUCCAAUCAGUAACGGUGGUUCUAAGAUUAUCGGUUAUGACGUGGAACGUCGUGAUCGUGCAACCGGCCGUUGGCUCAAAGUGAAUAAGGAACCAGUAAGAUACGCGGAGUAUUACGAUGAUCACGUUACCGAAGGGCACCAAUACGAAUAUCGCGUUACUGCAAUAAAUGCAGCUGGAUCUGGUAAACCCAGCGAUACAUCAGCAGUCUUUAUUGCAAAACCUAUGAAGGAAAAACCGAAAUUGUAUUUGGAUGCUCUCAUUGGUCGCAAAAUCAAAGUUCGUGCUGGAGAACCAAUUAAUAUUAAUAUUCCAUUAUCUGGAGCACCUACUCCUACGGUAGAAUGGUGUAAAAAUGGAAAAACACUUACAGAAACUCUUCGAGCAUCGACUGAAACUAAGAGCGAUCGAACACAAUUACUUGUUGAUAAAUCUAUACGCGACGAUAGCGGUACAUAUACGGUCACUGCAUCAAAUGAACACGGUAAAGAUUCGGCUGACAUCGAAGUUACAGUUGUUGAUAAGCCUGGACCACCUCAGGGACCACUUCAAUACACGGGAACAACACAAGAAUCAGUUUCACUAUCCUGGAACAAACCUCUGGAUGAUGGUGGAUCUGAUAUAACUAAUUACAUUGUCGAAGUGGCAGACUUUGGUUCUGAUAAUUGGCGCCAAGUGCCUGGAUAUGUUCCAAGAACCAGUUUUAUGGCUAAAGGUCUCACAGAAGGAAGACGAUACGUCUUUAGAGUACGAGCUGAAAAUAUGUACGGAGUUUCGGAACCACUCGAUGGUAAACCGGUUGUUGCAAAGAGUCCAUUCGAUCCACCAGAUGCUCCAAGUCAACCACAAAUUCUAGGAUACACGCCCAACAGUUGUAGCCUUACAUGGACUCCACCUGUUAACACAGGUGGCAAACCAAUCACAGGUUACUAUAUCGAGAGACGUGAGCGUGGUGGUGAAUGGCUUAAGGUUAAUAAUUAUCCAACACCAAAUACCACUUUCACGGUGCAAGAUCUUCACGAAGGAUCUAGAUACGAAUUUAGAGUAACAGCUGUGAACGAAGCUGGACCUGGCAAACCUAGUAAACCUACAGAGCCUAUUACAGCUGGACAUCAACGAAUGCGACCUGACGCUCCAGAACCACCGAAAGCCGACAGAAUUACAAAGGAUUCGGUAACCUUAAGUUGGCGUCCUCCACGUAGCGACGGUGGUGCUAAAAUCAGAGGUUACAAUAUCCAGAAAAAAGCUAGAGGAGAGGAAGAAUGGACUGACGCCAAUGGUGCUCUUAUACCUACAAAUAUAUAUACCGUGCCGAAACUUACGGAGGGUGAAGAAUAUCUCUUCAGGGUAAUCGCUGUGAACGAUGUUGGUAACAGCGAUCCUAGCAAACCAAGUAGUCCAAUCGUUAUUGAAGAACAACCUAAUAAACCAGUUAUGGAUCUUGGUGGUGUCAGAGACAUUACCGUUCGUGCUGGUGAAGAUUUUUGUAUUCAUGUACCUUACAUUGGUUUCCCCAAACCAACUGCUACGUGGUUUGCUAACGACGUUGUUAAAGAUGAAACGGAUUCACGCGUACAUCAACAAUUGGCUGACGAUUAUGCAAGUCUUGUGGUGAAAAAUUCGAAACGUUCAGACGGAGGACAAUACAGGCUUCAAUUACGUAACUCAUCCGGCUUUGAUACAGCAACGAUAAAUGUUAAAGUUUUAGACAGACCAAAUCCACCCGAAAAUCUGCGUGCAGAUGAAUUUGGCGGAGAUGCUCUUACACUCUUCUGGAAUCCACCUAAAGACAACGGUGGUGCUGAUAUCACCAAUUAUGUCGUUGAGAAAAGAGAACCACGUGCAGCUACAUGGUCAAAGGUCAGUAGUUAUAUCACUACACCAUUUGUACGUGUACGCAAUUUGACCGUUGGUCAAGUCUACGAAUUCCGUGUGAUGGCUGAAAAUCAAUAUGGAACAUCAGAUCCUGUAACAACAAUUGAUCCAAUCAAAGCCAGGCAUCCAUUUGAUCCACCAGGUCCACCUGGAACACCACGUGGAGUCGAAACUACCGAAGACAGCAUUACUAUUACGUGGACUAAGCCUCGUCACGAUGGUGGUUCGCCUAUUACUGGAUACGUCAUUGAAAAACGUCUUUUGAGUGAAGAUAAAUGGGUCAAAGCAACUCCGGCAUUAGUACAUGAAACAACCUAUAAGGUUACUGGGUUGAUUGAAAAUCAUGAUUAUGAAUUCCGUGUGGCAGCAGAAAAUGCAGCUGGUCGUGGUGCAUGGAGCUCAAGUUCGGAUGUAAUUCGUGCUAGUGCUCCAGCAUUCCCACCAAAGAUUACCAGUGAUCUAAGUAUUCGCGAUAUGACUGUUAUCGCUGGAGAACCAUUUACUAUCACAGUACCAUUCACGGCUAAUCCAAAGCCUAGACCAAGUUGGUCUAUUAACGGUGAAGAAGUUCUCACUGGGGAUAGAAUUAAAUUCGAGACAACGGAUAUUGCAUCACAAUUCAUUAACAAAAAAGCAAAACGAUCAGAUACUGGAACAUACACUAUUUAUCUUACCAAUACCGUUGGCACGGAUUCGGCUUCAUGCAAAGUUCUUGUAGUCGAUAAACCAUCGCCACCUCAAGGUCCAUUAGACAUAUCUGAUAUUACACCUGAAACUUGUACGCUUUCAUGGAAACCUCCGUUCGAUGACGGUGGUUCACCAGUUACAAAUUAUGUCGUCGAAAAACUAGAUCCUGCCGGCUUCUGGGUAAAGCUUAGCAGUUUCGCUAGAAAUACUCAUUACGAUGUAAUCGGUUUGGAACCAAAUCGCAUGUACAAUUUCCGUGUACGAGCAGAAAAUCAAUAUGGUGUGUCUGAACCAUUACAAGCGGAUGAACCAAUAACAGCUAAAUUCCCCUUCACCGUUCCGGAUUCACCUGGACAACCACGUGUAAUAGAUUGGGAUACUACGAGUGCUACAUUAGUCUGGUCAAGGCCAAUGUCUGAUGGAGGCUCGCGUAUACAGGGUUACAAAAUCGAAUUCCGCGAUCCAGCAGAUGAUAUGACAUGGCGAGUAGCCAACGAUUAUCUUGUUAAAGAUACAACUUAUAUCUGCUAUAGUUUGGCCAGUGGUCACGAAUAUGAAUUUAGAAUUCGAGCAAAGAAUGCAGCUGGCUUUAGCAAACCGAGUCCACCGUCGGCACCAUUUAAAAUAAAGAGCAAAUUCAAUGUUCCUUCUCCACCUGGUACACCGCGAGUAACUAAAGUUGGUAAGAACUACGUUGAUCUCAAAUGGGAAGCGCCUGUUUCCGAUGGUGGUAGCCGUAUAACUGGCUACGUCGUUGAGAAACGUGAAGUCGGAAGUGCAAUCUGGAUUAAAUGUAAUGAGUAUAAUGUCACGGAUACCGAAUAUACGGUACUUCAUCUUAUCGAACGAGGAGACUAUGAAUUUAGAAUAUUUGCGGUUAACGCGGCCGGAAGAUCGGAACCUAGCUCGUGCACUACACCAGUCAAGAUUUGCGAAGUUGAAGGUGGCGAGAAACCAGAAUUUGUUAGGAAUUUGCCUAUAAGCCAAAUAGUUCCACUUGGCAAAACGCAUGUAUUCGAAUGUGAAGCCACUGGAAAACCAUUACCAACUGCCAGGUGGUUGAGAAAUGGUCGCGAGAUCACACUAGGUGGACGUUUCAGAGCAGAAACUAUAGACGGAAUUUAUAGACUCGUCAUAUCUGGAGUAAUGGAAGCUGACGACGGUGAUUACAGUUGUCAAAUAUCAAAUCCACUUGGUCUGGCAACGACGACUUCUCGUCUCAAGAUUGGUACUCCACCGCGUAUCGAGCGUAUGCCAGAUGACUUGUAUUUACCGGAAGGUGACAAUACUAAGAUCAAGAUCUACUACAGCGGUGAUCAACCGAUGGACGUUACUUUGAAAAAGGAUGGUCGCAAGAUCGUUGAAACAUCGCAUAUCAAAUACACCGUGUUUGACGAAUAUCUUAUUAUCUUUAUCAAAGAUAUCGAGAAAGAUGAUGCCGGUGUAUACGAAUUAUCUAUAUCUAAUGAUAGUGGUGACGUGAGUGCUUCCUUUACCGUUUAUAUUACUGGUCUACCUGGUCCACCAACCGGUCCACUCAACGUCACCGAUAUCAACAAGCACACGUGUACUCUAUCCUGGCAUCCACCUAAAUAUGAUGGAGGUCUUCGUAUAACUCAUUACAUGAUAGAACGAAAAGACAUCACGCAUACCCACUGGAUUAUUGUCGCAUCCUACUGUAAAGACACUACAUGCUACGUACAAGGUCUUACGGAGGGUCAAGAGUACCUCUUCCGAGUAAUGGCAGUUAACGAAAAUGGCAUGGGUCCACCUUUGGAAGGCACUAAUCCUAUAAAAGCCAAGGCACCGUUCGAUCCACCUGGACCACCUGGUACACCAAAAGUCAUCGAAGUGGGCGGAGAUUUCGUCAAUCUUUCAUGGGAGAAACCAGAAACCGAUGGUGGUUCCAAGAUACAAGGUUAUUGGAUCGACAAGCGCGAAGUCGGUAGUCAAACUUGGCAACGCGUUAACGUUGUUAUUUGCUUACCAACUCAGAUAAAUAUUAGCAAUCUUAUCGAGGGAAGACAAUAUGAGUUCCGCGUUUUCGCUCAAAACGAAGCUGGUCUUAGUACAGAAUCUAAAGCUUCGACGUCAGUUAAAAUCGUUGAUCCUCAAGCCGCCAAAGCACCAGAAAUUAUUUCACCUUUGCACAAAGUUAAUUGCGUUCAGAAUCACAAUGCUCACUUCCAAUGCACCAUUACUGGAACUCCCAAGCCCAAUAUCACGUGGUUCAAGGGAGCUCGAGAAAUUGUUGGCGGUAGCCGUUACCAAAUUUAUUCGGAAGGUGACGUACACAAUCUUAUAAUAUAUGAUGUGUUCGGUGAAGACGCGGACGAAUAUUUCUGUCGCGCGGUCAAUAAAUGUGGCGCAAAAUCUACGAAGGGUGAACUCUUCAUAAAGACGCCACCUAAACUCAACGUACCACCUAGAUUUAGGGACACCGCAUUCUUCGAUAAGGGCGUCAAUGUUGUUAUUAAAAUACCUUUUACUGGUUAUCCUAAACCAAAGAUCACUUGGAUAAGAGAGGGAGAAGUAAUCGAAUCAGGAGGACAUUACUCGGUCGAGGUGAAAGAAAGACAUGCCGUAUUAACUAUCAGAGACGGUAGUAGAUUAGAUUCUGGACCUUACCGCAUUACAGCGGAGAACGAUUUAGGCCAGGAUUCCGCGAUCAUAAAAAUACAGAUAAGCGAUCGUCCUGAUCCACCACGAUUCCCACAAAUCGAUAACAUCGGUCACGAUUCCUUGGCACUUUCGUGGAAACCACCGGUCUGGGAUGGUGGUAGUAAUAUCACUAAUUAUUUGGUAGAAAAACGCGAACAUCCGAUGACUAGUUGGAUCAGAGUUGGAAAUACUAGAUUCUGUACAAUGGCAGUUACUGCUCUCAGUCCUGGACAUCAAUAUGAUUUCCGUGUUUGCGCUGAAAAUAUCUACGGUAGAUCUGAUCCAAGCGAAGUAACGCCGCUUAUCACAACUAAGGGUACCAUUAAGAGAGAAUUCAAGAAGAAGGAAUACGAAGUGGAUGAGACUGGCAAAAAGAUCCGUGGUCGCAGUGACGAAAAAGUUCGUGAUUACGAUCAAUUUGUCUUUGACAUUUAUAGCAAAUAUGUGCCACAACCAGUUGAAAUCAAGCAUACCUCCGUUUACGAUAAAUAUGAUAUUCUUGAAGAAAUUGGUACCGGUGCAUUUGGCGUUGUUCAUCGGUGUCGUGAAAGAUCUACCGGCAAUAUUUUUGCUGCUAAAUUCAUUCCAGUUUCUCACGUUAUGGAGAAGGAAUUAAUUAGAAAAGAGAUAGAUAUAAUGAAUCAAUUACACCAUCCUAAAUUGAUUAACCUUCAUGAUGCUUUUGAAGAUGAUGACGAAAUGGUUCUAAUCUUUGAAUUCUUGUCCGGUGGCGAAUUGUUUGAAAGAAUUACUGCUGAAGGAUAUACCAUGUCCGAGGCUGAGGUCAUUAAUUAUAUGCGCCAAAUCUGCGAGGGUGUUAAACACAUGCACGAGAAGAACAUCAUACACCUUGAUAUCAAGCCAGAAAAUAUCAUGUGUCAAACACGCACUAGCACGAACGUCAAAUUGAUCGAUUUUGGCUUAGCUACUAGACUGGAUCCCAAUGAAGUCGUAAAAAUCAGUACAGGUACAGCAGAAUUCGCAGCUCCUGAAAUUGUGGAACGUGAACCAGUCGGUUUCUACACGGAUAUGUGGGCUUGUGGUGUAUUGGCAUACGUCCUUCUGAGUGGUCUCUCGCCGUUUGCCGGUGACAAUGACAUCGAGACACUGAAGAACGUAAAAGCCUGCGAUUGGGACUUUGACGAAGAAGCGUUCCGGGAUGUCUCUGAAGAAGGCAAAGACUUCAUCAGGCGAUUACUCGUUAAAAAUAAAGAAAAGCGCAUGACCGCUCACGAAUGCCUUCUUCAUCCAUGGUUAACUGGUGAUCAUAGUGAUCGUACCAAUGUUAUAUCUAGUAGCCGAUACCUUAGCUUCAGAGACAAAUUACGUGCCAAAUAUGAUAACUGGGAUAAAUAUGUUCUACCCAUCGGCCGGCUAGCUGAAUACUCGUCGCUUAGAAAAUUAUUAAUAGAAAAAUACAAAAUCUAUGACUCUUCCUUUGAUCGUCGACAAGCUGCACCUAGAUUUGUCAUCAAACCUACAAGCGCAUUUGCAUACGAAGGACAAAGUGUUAAAUUCACUUGUCGAGUAAUUGCCAUUGCUGCUCCCGUUUUAACGUGGUUCCACAAUAAUCAAGAACUUCGACAAUCUGUUAAGUUCAUGAAACGUUAUCAUGGUGACGACUAUACUUUCAUUAUUAACAGAGUUAAAUUAGAAGACAGAGGAGAAUAUGUAAUACGCGCUGAAAAUCAUUACGGUUAUAGAGAAGAAGUUGUCUUCCUUAACGUACAACCACUGCCUGUACAAAUUCCAAAAUACAGACCAGAAUUGCAUCCGGUGCGCAGACGAGAACCACUUGGUUAUAAUGUAUGGAUGGAAACUAUCGAAUCAGCUCCAAACUUUACCUUCUUAUUGAGGCCACGCGUGAUUCAAGUCAGACAAACGUGCAAGCUACUUUGUUGUCUUGCUGGAAAUCCACCACCAACUGUCAAAUGGUACAGAGAUAGAGAAGAAUUAUCUAAACACCAUUAUUCGAUGACACACGCAGACGGUGUCGUCACUAUGGAAAUUAUAGAUUGUAAACCAGAAGACAGUGGCAAGUAUCGCUGCGUUGCAACAAACAUUCAUGGCAAGGAUGAGACAAGUUGUGUCGUUAUUGUAGAAGGAACUGGAGAAACAGAGGAGCAAUGUAAAUUAGCACACGACCUUCUACAUUCCGGAGAUCGAAGGUUUAUCGAACAACCACUGAAACCUGCACCACCGCCUAUUGUGACUGUUCACAAAUCUAGUGGUUAUAGUGGCUAUAGUUCUACUACCACACAAGGAUAUUCAAGUUCAUCACACAAUUAUAGUAGUUCAACUACCAAACAGAAUUCCUCGAGUUUCUCAUCUUAUAAAGCUACAACCGAGUCUUCGUCAGAUAAACGUAGUGUUAAGAAAUAUGGAAGUAAAUUAGAUGCUACAGGUAGCCCAUCUCGGUCUAGAAGCACUACUAAAGAACUUGCUUAUCCAUCAGAUGAUUCUAUGAGACCACCAGAAUUCACUAAAAAAUUAAAUGAUCUUACAAUUAAUGACGGAGAACAGCUGGAACUUACUGUCAAAGUUGAUGGUGAUCCAGAACCGCAAAUAACUUGGCUGAAAAAUGGCAAAACUGUAAACUCCUCCGAGGUAGUUGAUUUAAAAUACAAAGCUGGUACUGCAACUCUUACUAUUAAUGAAGUAUUCCCUGAAGACGAAGGAGAGUACAGUUGCAAGGCGACAAAUAGUCUUGGAACAUCUACAACGUCUUGCAAAUUGACUGUGAAACCGAUGGAAAAUGCGGCAGCUAAGAAAAAGAGUGAUGACAAGCCACCCAAAAUUGUAGAUCAUCUAACAAGCAUGUUUGUGAAGGAUGGAGAGGCUGUGACCCUCAGUUGUCGAAUUAUUGGUGCAAAGAAAUUUGAUGUGGUGUGGCUUCAUAAUAAUAAAGAAAUCAAGCCUAGCAAAGACUUCCAGUAUACAAGUGAGGCUAAUAUUUACAAAUUAAACAUUGCUGAAAUCUUCCCAGAAGAUUCUGGCACAUACACGUGUGAAGCAUUCAAUGAUGCAGGAGAAAGUUUCUCGUCGUGUACAUUGAAUGUCCUCGUUCCCAACGAGGAACCCAAGAGCCCGGUCUUCACAACAUUCCCACAAUCAGCAACUGUGAGCGAAGGUGAAACAGUUACUUUCACAUGCAAGACUGAAACUGCGCCCUUGAAAGUAACUUGGUUAAAGGAUGGUAAGGCGCUCCCUGAAACCAGCAGCAAAUACUCUUUCAGUUCAGACGGUGACAAAUCGUUUGAACUAGGUAUUAAGGCAUGUACGGCUAGUGACGUGGGACAAUACAUAGCACGUGCAAUUGGCAAGAAAGGCGAAACAAAUGCAGCCUUUGCUCUAAACGUCACUAAUCCCGGCGAUCUCUAAACUCAAAAUUAUUACUUUUACAGCAAUUUAUAUUAUGGUCUUUUUUAGAAAUCAGUUUUAAUAUACAUCUACAACUUGCAAUUCGGAAUGCUUUCUGAAUAAACAUGAAUCUUUUUAAUUGAUUAUAAUCUAUACGAGAAUAUACGCAAUAUGGAGACAAAAAAUGCCAUAUAUGUAUACGGAAGAAAUAUAAAACAAUUCUGUAAUACAGCAGAACUUUGGCUAUCUGAAUAAUUGAGAUAUAUGGAUCUUCAGAUAAUAGAUAAUUCAGUUUACAAAAAGGAGAAGGAUUAAAAUAAUCGAAGUUCUACUGUAUGCGAAACAUCACGUUUAAAAUAUUUAGCUUGCAAACAAAUCAUAUUGUCAGAAUCACGAUACAGUCGCUAUUCGUUAUACGUAAAUUAUUAAAAAAAAAAAACACAUUAUAUUUUUUUUUUCUGUGUGCUUGCCAUAUCGCAUAAAUCUUGUCAUUUAAAGGUAAACCAAUAAACGUGUCAAGCAUCACGGAUAGCACGCGCAACCUAUACGCUAAUAUGAGCUUCGCUGUACACACGAUUUAGCAUAUUUUAAGUACACAAUGGUGCGUAGAGGCAGUCUAACAUCAAUGUGCCAAAAAAAGUUAUUAAUUCCGAUAAAAUAGCCAGCAUCCUUCAUUCAUCUUAACAACAAAAACAUUUUAUCGGAAUGCAUGAACUUGUAACGGCAUUGCCAAAGCGUACUACUUUAUUCCACAUAAUUGAACGCACUGUCGUGUUAUACUUGUUUGAAGACUGCUUCUAUUACAAAAUUUAUGAUAAAUAAAAAACUUAUGAUUAAAAAAUAUAAUUAAAA